AUUCUCGAUCAUCACUGUUCCCGUCGUCUUUCAUUCUCUCUCAUUUUUCUUACCCAAGAAAAAAGGAACUAACAAAAUUAUAAUAAAAAAUAAAAUAAAAAACUACCUGAUCGCCAGAUCUGAGAAGAUCCCUAUAUUAUAUUUUCUUGUUUUCUUUCUUUAAUCCUUCAUUUCUUUAAUUGAUACUUAAAAGAUGCAAUUUUAUAUGAAUUCUUCAAUUUUUUGCUAAAUGGGUAUUGAUCAAAAUGUGUAACUGAAACUGGGUUAAGCUUCUUUUUAAUUUACUUUUUUUGUUUUCUUGUUUUGGGUUGGUAAUAAAGAUACAUUCUUUAUUAAUAUUCAGAGAAGAAUGAUUUAUAGAUUUUUAGUUUGAUUAAAUUAUGUAGAUUUAAACUGGGUUCGGUUUUUUUUUGGUUAAUUUUUGCGGGGGAGAUUUUGAUUUUACCGGAAAUUGAUUUGCGAUGAUGACGUCAUCACCUCCGCCGCAGUCCGACGACGGAGGAGGAGGAUCGAAUUAUAUUCAACACCAAGUUACAAAAUUUGAUACCCUUCCUGGUGUAGCAAUCAGAUAUGGUGUUGAGGUAUCUGAUAUUAAGAAGUUGAAUGGGCUGGUUUCGGAUCUCCAAAUGUUUGCUCGAAAGACACUUCAAAUACCAUUACCUGGGAGGCAUCCACCAUCACCCGCUGUCUCAAAUGGUCAAGACACCCAAGGGCCAAGCAGCUCUGAGCAGAUCCCUCCGAGCAACCAAUACCCUGAUUUGUUUGGUUCAUUUCAAUCCCUGAAGUUGAAGUCUUCCUCCCAGCAAAGAGUUUCACCAGCCAUGAGCUCUUUACUAGGUUAUCAGGGCCCUAAACUGGCAGAUCAGAAAGUUGCAUCUGAAGGUUUUGAAAUGGCUGUCUAUCGUAAAGGAGUAUCACAUUAUUUAGAAGAUGGACCAUUUGUCAUGUCAACUCCUCAUUCUAAUCAACCACUCGGUCUUCAUAGAAAAUGUAAAAGUGUAGCUAAUGAUAUGUCAGAGAACGGAGUAGGUAGCGCUGAAAAUGGCUCUAAUAGAUUGUUCGAGAAAUUGUCUAGAAGGCGUCAAAAAUCUGAGGCUGAUUUCAGUUCCCGCACCCCAGAAGUGCUGUUGAAAGAAGAUAACAGCAGUGGCAGCGGGUUUUCUGCUGCUGCUGGCAAGGGAUUGGCUUUGCGACCUAAGUCAGCUAGUCGAAUUCUCCUUGGACCAGAUGCUGAAGCAAGUUCCAUAAAUCCUAUCACUAUGCUGUUGAACGAUUCUUUUCUGAACGACAGUGCAAGUGUCAGGAAGUCAUCAAGUACACCGAGUUUGCAGGAAUCAGACAGUAGCACGUUAUCUUCCCUGUGGACAACAUCAAAGUGGAAUUUGAAGCCAGAUUUCCAGGCAAUUUCUACUGCAGCAAUUACCAAACCAAUCUUUGAUAGCCUUCAAAAACCCACCGGUCCUCGAAAAAGCAAGACUGCUGUUGAUUAGCUAUUCUUUCUGCAUUUUUUGUUAGUCCUCUUCUUAACACCUAGAAACUGAAAACUAGCUAUAGAAGUAAAACACUAAAAAUACUUGCUUAUUGCUG